ACAAGAGCCCAGAAACCCUCCGUGUCAGAGAUGCUGCCGCUGCUGCUGCCCCUGCUGUGGGCAGGUUCCCUUGCUCAGGAUGAAGGAUACCAGCUGACAGUGCAGGAGUCUGUGACGGUGCAGGAGGGCCUGUGUGUCUUCGUGCCCUGCAGUGUCACCUAUCCCCGGUCAUCUAAUCCCUACUGGUCAAGGUUUGACCUGGCUCACGGGUCCUGGCUCCGGGAAGGGGCCAAUGAAAAGCAAGGUGCUGCCGUGGCCACAAACAAGCCAGGUCGCAAAGUUCAGGAGGAGACUCAGGGACGAUUCUACCUCCUCGGAAACUCUCAGACCUAUAACUGCUCCCUGGACAUCAGAGACGCCAGGAGGAGCGAUGAUGGAAAAUACUUUUUUCGGCUCGAGAGAGGGCAAGUCAAGUCAUGGAAUUACAAAUCUAACUUGAUCUUCGUGCAUGUGACGCCCCUGUCCCAUACACCCCACAUCCACAUUCCGGGCACCCUGGAGGCUGGCCUCCCAAGAAACCUUACCUGCUCUGUGCCCUGGGCCUGUGAGCGGGGCACGCCCCCCAUCUUCUCCUGGACUUCAGCUGCCCUCACCUCCCUGGGCCCCAGGACCCUCCUCUCCUCUGUGAUCACUCUCACCCCUCAGCCCCAGGACCACGGCACUAACCUCACCUGUCAGGUGAAGUUCCCUGCAGCUGGUGUGAAUGUGGAGACAACCAUCCAACUCAACGUCACCUGUGCCCCACAGAACCCCAAAAUUGGUGUCUGCCUAGGAGACGCCUCAGUUCCUACAGGGAAAUCAGGGCCCAGGGCAGAGGUGAUGCUGGUGGCCAUCGGGGAAGUGGCUGUCAAGACCCUGCUCCUCCUUCUCUGCCUCAUCGUCCUCAUAGUGAAGUAUCACAGGAGGCACAGGACCACAUCUUCAGGGGGCACAAAGGAUGCAAACUCCCUCCCGGAUUAGUGUCUCAGCACAGGCUUUCACACAAUGUUUCCAGGGACUGUAUUGUUCGCAUCCUGAAAAGUAUGACAGCGAUGUUUCCUGUCUGUGACCAGAGACUCAGGUGCAAACACCACCGGCUGGAUUGGAAGGUCUGCUGUGGUCUGUCCCCUGCUGGACUCCCCACCAGAUUCCACCACUCCCUGCAUCCCACACCAGCUCCACACCCAGCUGUGCUGUUUGUGACUUUAGACUCAUAUGUGCAGUUCCUUCUCCUGAAAUGCCUUUCCCUCCCCAUUUCUACAUCCCCAAGUGCUAAUCACGCUUCAGGCUCUGUUAAAAGUCACCCCUAUUGAGUGUGUGUGUGUGUGUGUGUGUAUAAUUCUUUAUUGUUUUAGCAAAGGAAAAUCAAGUCAUCUAUUUACAUAUAGACUUCUUCAGCAAGUCAAGUGAACACUUACUAAGUGCCAGCAUUGUUGUAGGUGACAGAAAUGCAAGAAGGCACGUGGUAUAAAAAUUUGUCAUUGAGAAGCUGUCAUUCUGGAAACAAGAAGAUAGAAACACAAAGAAAUGAAUAAAAGUAUUCUGGCAUGUUGGAUGGUGA